AUGACAAGUGUAGAACAAUCGAAAGAGAAAAGAUACAGCAGCGUGAGUACAACCAAUCUGGCAAAGACAGACUUGGAAAAGGACCAACAACCAGAAAACGCGGUGCAGCCGACGCAGAGCCAUGUCGAGAAACCACAGUCGCUUUUCCAAGAAAUAGUGUUUGUAGCGGUGCUGUGUUGUGCGCAGCUGAUGACACAAUCGGGCCUGGCGUUGUCAAUAGUGUCCGCUGAAAUUAUCGGAUCCAGUUUCGGCACUACAGCGCCCGGAGAACUCAGUUGGUUUUCAGCUGCUUACUCACUCACGGUCGGGACCUUCAUCCUGAUCGCAGGCCGUUUGGGCGAUCUUUUUGGUCAUAAAAAGAUGUUCGUAAUGGCUUUUCUGUGGUAUGCUUUGUGGUCGUUGUUAGCAGGAUUCAGCGUUUACUCAAAUCGCAUUUUUUUCGAUUGUUGUAGGGCUUUCCAGGGCCUGGGACCAGCUUUUCUCCUGCCCAAUGCACUCGGAAUCCUGGGCAGAACUUACGAGCCUGGCCGACGCAAAAAUCUGGUUUUCAGCUUCUUCGGUGCCACAGCACCCUCCGGAUUUGUGCUGGGUGCAGUCUUCUCUUCACUCUUUACCCAGCUGGUAUGGUGGCCUUGGGCCUUUUGGGUCAUGGCGAUUUCAUGUCUCAUGCUAGCUAUAGCAGGUAGCUUGGUUAUUCCUCAUACGCCUUCGCCAGUGCUCGAAGAAUCUGUCAUCGAACAUAUAGACAUAUGGGGGUCGAUCACUGGUGUAACGGGACUGGUAUUGAUAAACUUUGCAUGGAACCAGGGCCCCGUAGUCGGAUGGCCCAAGCCGUACAACUACAUUCUUCUAAUCGUGGGCUUUGUGUUUGUCGCAACGUUUGUCUUUGUAGAAAGACGAGCAAAAUUUCCUCUGGUCCCUUUCUCGUUCUUGACUAAGGACGUUGCCUUUGUUCUAGCUUGCAUUGCAGCCGGGUGGUCAAGUUUUGGGAUCUGGCUGUAUUAUUUGGUGAGAAUGCUUGAAGUCUUACGUGGCCUGAGUCCACUGCUCUCGAGCGCCCAAGUUGUGCCUGCUGCCUUUAGCGGAUUGUGCGCCGCUUUGGCAACCGGGUUUGUUUUAGGACGUGUGAAACCCAGCUUCGUGAUGUUGUUCGCCAUGACAGCAUUUACCGCUGGUGGGAUUUUGAUUGGCACUGCGCCAGUUGACCAAACAUAUUGGGCACAGACCUUCGUCUCCGUUAUUGUAAUGCCCUGGGGAAUGGACAUGUCUUUUCCGGCAGCGACAAUAUUGCUGAGUAACUUUAUGCCCAAAGAACAUCAAGGUCUAGCAGCUUCACUUGUCAACACUUUCGUCAAUUACUCUAUUUCUUUGGGUCUGGGGUUUGCUGGUACAAUCGAGUCGCGGGUGAACGCCAGUGGAGACGAAAUUCUUAAAGGCUAUCGUGGUGCGUGGUAUAUGGGCAUUGGGCUGAGCGGCUUAGGACUAUGCGUUGCUCUCCUUUAUACUCUAUACACGUCGAGACGAGCCUAA